UUAUCUCUCUCUCCCUCUUCCCUCUGCUGUCUUCUGUUAAGAAAAAGUCAAAUAAACCAGAAAAAAAGAUCAACGAAGAACACCAGAAAAAUAUCAGAAGAAGAAGAGGAAGAGAGGAGAAGUGAAAAGAUUGUAUAUUUUCGUACUGGGUUGUUUUUGCAAUUAUAUUUUUUAUUGAUCGUUUAGAAGUGAAAACAUAUUUGUUUAAUCGUCUUCAACGUCUGGUCUUCAAUGGAUUCCGAUCUUUGGACAUCACGCCUUGCUGCCGCCAAACGCCAAUACACGUUGCAGCGCCAUCAGAACUCUCAGUUAGAUCGGUUGUGCAUCGACGACUUUGAGGUUGAAGAGGAGGUUCGUCCUGAUUUUCCCUGCCCGUUUUGUUAUGAGGAUUACGAUAUUGCUUCUCUAUGUUCGCAUAUCGAAGACGAGCAUCCUUUUGAAUCGAAAGUCACUGUUUGUCCCAUUUGCUCUGUUAAGGUUGCGAGGGACUUGCUAAAUCAUAUUAUGCUGCACCAUGGACACCUAUUUAAGUUGCAGAGGCAUCGCAGAUUACGCAGAUUUGCUAUUCCCAAUAGUCAGGCAUUAUCCUUGCUGGGGCGGGAUCUUCGUGAGGCUCAUAUGCAGGUUCUACUAGGAGGUGGUGGAUACCGGUCAAAUAAUGCUAAUACAUCUAAUGCAAUUACAGAUUCAUUCCUUUCAUCAUUUGUGUUGAACUUCCCAGUAUCUGAAGCAGAUGAAAUAUCAAAGUCUGCAGUUUCCAGUGCUGAGGAUACUUCUGUAAAGAGUACAGUAUCAACUCAGAUUUGGAAAUCAAGUUUUGAUUCCUCACUGAGUCAUGAAGAGAGAGAACAGAAAAUCAGACAGGCUACUGGGAGAGCUGGUUUUGUUCAGGAUCUGCUUAUCUCAACUUUAUUUGGGGACUAAUGGAAGUAGGGGGGCCCCACCAACAAGAGUUAAACGAGCAAUUGCAUAAUCCUGAUUGGAGGCAGUUAUGGGGUCCUAGUGGUGUUUAGAUGCAAUUAUAUAAACCUUGGGAUAGCCCAAUAAGUGCCUUCUCUGGAUGUUCCACUCAAAAGCAACAGUCACCAAUGGUGUUGGGAACGUCCAUCCAGUUUGCUGUCUGUUGACCAAGAUAUUCUAUUAAUGAAGAAGCAGAUGGUCUACUAGUAUUCUGGUAUUUGACCAUUUCACCAUUUUAUUGUUUCCUCCCCUAAUUUUACCUACUCAGACAAUUCUUGCUUAAUUUGUUAGUAGUAAGAAAUUGGAUUUAACUUAUCCUGUGUCAUUUUCCAGCUCAAUAGUUAUGGGGCUACUUGCAUAGUUACCAUUUUCCUCAGCCGUCUUCUUCUA